GGCCUCUCUGCACAGAGGGCGGACCAGCUGUCAGUCAGACAAGAGAUGCGUGAGGUGUGUCCUUGUGCAGCACAAUCACAUGAAAUAAAUGGGUCAUGGGUUGAGGGCAAAUCAAAAAGGCAUUGUGCAUAGUGAGUCAGGUGGACAGAGGUCUAUUUUAAUGAGCCAAUCGCACAGUGCUUUGAGAAGUUUCAGCAUUAAUCACAAGUGUUUUUCCUGUGUCUGAUCCGCUGCUGAACUGCUGGCCUGUCUGAUUUUCUCUCAACAUUAAGGAACUAUAAGCUGCUGUCAUGUCUGAGGGACCGAGAAAGAGGAAGAAAUUUGCAGCGACUCGUCGACUGCUCAUAAAAUCCAAGCUGCUGAAGAAGGCAGCUUCUAUGCUGGCAGCUGAAACCAAGGAGAAAGAACUGGAGAAACAAAGAGUCGUGGACGAGUGCGUCCCACCACUGAAGCUGUCAGGUCUGUCGGUCCAGGAGCUCCAGGAACUUUGCAAAGAGUUACACCAGAAGAUUGACGUUGUGGACGAGGCUCGUUAUGACAUGGGUGUUAAAGUAGAAAAAAAUGAGAGCGAGAUUCAGUCCCUGAAACACAAGAUUUACGAGCUGAAGGGUAUGAAGAAGCCCAGUUUAAAGAGGGUAAAGAAGACAACAGACGACAUGCUGGGCGCCUGCACCGACACCUCCAAACUCAUGAAGGCUGAUUUCAAGGCCAACCUGAAGACAGUAAAGAAAGAUGAAGACAAGAAGGAAGAAGUGACCGACUGGCGUAAGAAUGUAGAGGCCCUGUCUGGUAUGGAGGGCAGGAAGAAGCUCUUUAAUGCAGGACAAUAAGAUGAUUUUCAUGUUAAGACCGUGUCACACUGUAACGUUUUAGAUGACUUAUGACAGUGUCUGAAAAUUUUGUCCAAAACUGAAAAUAUCUAUUUUUUGUACACAUACAUAUUGUCAUGCUAACAAGUUGAAUGAAUGCAUGACCUUUAUGAGUAUUUUAUUCAUAAAAAAUGUUCAUAAGGUGUCUAUAAACAAUACAAUAUGACAGAGCCUUUAGCAAAACACCAUCUUACUAAGUUUGCAAAACUCAAGUCCAAGAUAUUUUCUCCUUAUUAUGAUUUUAUUUUCACAAUAUGCCAGAAUGAUUGCAAACAUGGCAGAAGUUUUACCUCUCCUAAUAAAAUAAACGGUUUAUUUCACUAUUUUAUCAGGACUAAAUGUAAAUUGGCUGCAAGAUGCAACCAGAUGUUAUGAGUCUGCUAAGAGAAGUAAAAAUUCUCAGUCCAGCGAGGACACUAUGUUUUUAUACCGACUCUGUGAUCAGGACAAUAAUUGUAAAGUGCAGUAUUUACUUUGCACAGAAGAUGGCGCUGCUUUACACGAUAUUGUUGAAUAAAGAAUUGUGACAUGAUGUUUAAAACAUUA